GUCACGUGACAGCUAUCAAAUUUGGAAACCAUUCGUUGUGCAUGUCACCGUGUUCGCCACUAAACUCUACAAAUGUUGACAUUUUUCCGGGUUUUAUACCCAACUUCUCUCGGUAAAUAGUUUACUUCAUGAGUCUACAUGAUGUUACAGCCAAGACCUAUACAGUUUGGUGACUACAGUGGCUUUACAAGACGCCGUAGCAAUCGGAGAAACCGUAACUCGAGGCGACCCAAACCCGAGUACGAACGAAAUGUCGUUUCCGCAUUUUUUGCUCUUGCUUCUGCUGUGUUGAUCGCGAUAGCCGAAGCUGAACCAAAAUGGCUGAAGAUUGUCGGUGGAAAUUGUUCUGGGCAUUAUAUUGGGCUAUAUAAAGUGAUUGCUUACAAGUCUGCGAAAAGUUUAGAGAAAUAUUGUUAUACAGAGUCUAUGGUCACAAUCUUGCGAGUAACAGUUGGAAUCUGCUGUAUCAGUAUUGUCGCUAGUAUGUUUGCCUGCCUUUUGGAUUUGUGUGGAACCUUAAACAAGACUUUGAAGUGCUUGAAAAACAAUUCCAUUGCUAAUAUAUUAACAGUUGUAUUUUGCGUGGCUACAAAUGGAUUAAUUUACUGGGUAACACAGCUAUUGGAGCACAGUAGUAAUGCUCAACUUAAAGGCAAAGAAACAACAAUAAAAACUAAAUUUCAAGUAAGUUUCUACUUGGUUGCUGCUGCUGGUGUAUCAUCAGUGCUGGCCACUGCCUUUGGACUACUGUACUGUCAAAGACGGCAUAGGCAACGUUCUGCAUCUGAUGAUGAACUAUCCCUUGAACUGAUGUAUUCAACGAGUUAUGCAGACUCCCUGUYUGAUAUUCCACCACCUGCAUAUUCUCCAUAACUGGUUUAUUGUACAGGCCAAAAAAAGGCCAGAGAGUACCUUAUCUCACUCUGGAUUUAUCCCAAAAAGGAGUACAUGGAAACAUGACAACAUAAAUGUGCUAGUAUCCACACUAAAAUAGAUUGCAUAGCAAUUAUAUCAAUCUUCCACUAUACAAUUACAUUUUCCAGAUUGCUUUAUUAUUCAAGGCAUUAAGAUGAAGACACCAUAGAGCCAAAGCUCCAUUUCAAAACCUGUAAAUACAGUAUAAACUAGAUCAAAUUUAAAAAAUAUAUUUUUGUAAAAAAAAUGAUCCCCCCAAAACAAUUUGCUUGCUAACUGAAAAGCAUGUCAGAUUAGAUUCAUAAUUAGUGAAUCCUAUCUUAGUUGAAACUAGAAGUGAGUGCUCCAUAUACUUCAUUUACAUUAUUGGGAUCUUUUCCAUGGUAUUCAUAUACUAUUAUGCAUGCAAGUUUUUACAUAGAAAUGCAGUAUUCAAAUCAGGGCCCACCAAGUACUUUUGCUUUAUUGGCAAAAUAAUAUCAGGGUAAUUCAUGUAGAGUAUCGAAUAUCAAGGUUCUAAUACUGUAAACUAGUAAAUUAAUAACAAUUAUAGUGUAUUAUAGUCAUGCAUGAUUAUGUUCAUGAUCCCUUUACAUACUUAGAGCUAGAAAAAAAUAGGCCUAACCUGCAAGUGGUAGAGUUGAAUUUUUUCGAGAUCAGACUGUAUGCACAAAGCUGGUCCCUCUAUUUCUCUUGGUCUGUAGAAACCAGUUUUAAGACCUCAUGGGAGGAUACCACAGAGCAACUUGUCUCUUGCUCUCACCCACUUGGAAGGCCGUUGUACUUCAGUUUGUUAUCUAUGUAUGAUGAAUAACUGAAAAGAUGCAGUGACUGUUGAACACUGAAAAACGAAUGACUGCAUAUCCUAGAAGAGCCGACUUAUUUUACUUUAGCUUAUAGAUUACUGCAUUUUCAAGGGCAUUAUUAGUAUAACCUAUCUUUUAAAAUAUUUUGAGUAAAAUGUCUUGAUUGGAAUUGGAUAAUUCUAAGAAAAGGUUAAUUAUUUUAAUUCGGCAUGUCCAGAUAGGAGAAUAACUUGACUCUAUAUAUGUAGAGGGCUGACAAAAGGGCCAAAAUUUGACCCAACAUUAAGUGUUUUGGAAAAUCAGUAUGACAAACGAGCCCAACCAUAACAAACAAGCCCAAUAUUUUUCUGGGCCCUAAUUAAAAAUAAAUCCAAAUAGGUUGACACAAGCCAAUGUAAUAACAAAGCUGAUUAGUUAAAAAUAAAAAGUCACAGUUGCCAAUCCUAUGUAAUGGCACUUUCCAUUAUACAGGUUUUCCAUUAGGCCAAACAGU